ACUCUCCUUUCUCUUCACUCUCUUCCCACAAUGGUCGGAGCGUGAAAAUCGCCAGUUGUAGAGAGAAAGGGGACACAUCUCGACUGGAAAGCCAUUGAAUCCUUUUGGUUGUCCUCUGCGAGAGAUUUAUCGCUGACUUGCGCCGAAAAGUGUUUCGUAGGCUAAAUCAUCAGAGGGAUUUCGUCUGAAAGAGAAAACAACAACAAUAACAAAUGGUUAGUAAUUUACUGUGUGAUCCUGUGGUAAAGUGGUGACGAAGAUUUGGGUCUGCACAGCCAGAUCCGCACGGUUUAAGGAUAAUCAGUGUGUCAGUUUGGGCUUUCUUAUGUAAAACAGCUGUCUUUGAAGGCGGAUCUUUUGGCAGGUUAGUUCAGGACGGUGGCGGACGAGCUCAGACACAGACAGCGCGCGAGGCAGUGAACAACUCUUGACGGAUAAACGGGGUGUCUGGAGACGAGCUAAAGUUAAUAUUCACACGUUUACCAAGAGGAUUCGUUCAUUUUUAGAUGACUGGGAUAAAAUGACGCCGUGCCUUCAGUUUGGAUACACUUUACGGAGGAUGAAUGGGGAAAGUAGCGCGAGAGCGAGUUGAAAAGUAAGUGCACUUUCGUGAGGGAAACGGACCGUCGACAUUAUCAAACAGGAGUGGACCAUAAGAGCGUUAGAAGAAGGAAUUAUCAUCUUUGAAUUAGGAAUAAAAAAAACUGUGUGAAACCUCUCUGUAUGGGGAAACCUUACUAAUAUUUCUCAUCUAUCUAAAGAUUUUUUGACUGAACUGACUGCUUGGAAUCUGAGUUACUGACUCAGUUUGAUUGAUGCGCUAAUUCAACCUCAUCCUUCUUCUAAUUUUUUGGGGGAUACAAUAACUUUUUUCAGCUACAAUUACUAAGAGUGACAAUGAAACAACUUUUGUAGUAAAAAUACAAAGCUCUUUUUGAAAGAAUUAUCCACGCUACAUGAGUUAAUAUUGAAAGACAAUGUUUGCUGCAAAUGUUGGACUUGUGCUGCUGUGCACGGCUGGAUUUUGUUCCGCUAUCAGUUCCAUCGACCAGGACCGACCAGGUGAAGGAAGAUGCCAGGAGAUUGCUAUUCCACUCUGUAAGGAUAUUGGCUACAACUUGACAGUUAUGCCGAACUUAAUGGGACAUGAAGAUCAAAGCGAGGCAGCCAUAAAACUGCAUGAGUUCGCUCCACUGAUUGAGUUCGGCUGCCACAGCCAUCUGAAGUUUUUCUUGUGCUCACUCUAUGCUCCCAUGUGCACGGAGCAGGUAUCCACACCCAUCCCAGCAUGCCGAAUAAUGUGCGAGCAGGCAAGGCAGAAGUGUUCACCCAUCAUGGAGCAGUUUAACUUCCACUGGCCUGAGUCACUGGACUGUUCCAGACUGCCAAAUAAGAAUGACCCCAAUUACCUCUGUAUGGAGGCACCUAACAACGGCACAGACGAGCCCCCAAAAGGAUUCCACACUCAGUCACCAGACUCCCGACCCCCUCGGCCAGGUAACAGCCAAGAACUGCCUAUUAAAGAGAGGGUUGGUAAGGCGACAUGCAGCAACCCUGGAAAGUUUCAUUAUGUACAGAAGAGUGAGUCCUGUGCCCCCAAGUGUUACUCCAAUGUCGACGUGUACUGGAGCCAGGGUGACAAGCGCUUCUCCAUGGUGUGGAUCGCCAUUUGGUCCAUCCUGUGCUUCAUCUCAAGUGCCUUUACCGUCCUAACCUUCCUCAUCGAUCCACAGCGCUUCAAGUAUCCUGAGCGGCCCAUCAUCUUCCUGUCAAUGUCUUACUGCGUCUACUCAGUGGGCUUUCUCAUAAGACUUUUUGUGGGGGUGGAAAACGUGGCCUGUGACCGUGACAGUGGUGUUCAGUACAUCAUCCAGGAAGGCUUGGAAAGCACUGGCUGCACUAUAGUCUUCCUCAUUCUUUACUACUUCGGAAUGGCCAGUUCCCUAUGGUGGGUCAUUCUUACUCUCACGUGGUUCCUCGCAGCUGGGAAAAAAUGGGGUCAUGAGGCCAUCGAAGCCAACAGCAGCUACUUCCAUCUGGCAGCAUGGGCCAUACCAGCUAUUAAGACCAUCAUGAUACUGGUUAUGAGAAAGGUGGCGGGAGAUGAGCUCACAGGGGUCUGCUACGUGGGCAGCAUGGAUGUCAAAGCCUUGACGGGGUUUGUUCUUAUUCCCCUCUCUUGCUACCUCAUCAUUGGCACUUCCUUUCUGCUUUCAGGGUUUGUGGCACUCUUUCACAUCCGUAAGGUCAUGAAGACUGAAGGAGAGAAUACGGAUAAGCUGGAGAAGCUGAUGGUUAGGAUUGGCGUCUUUUCUGUGCUCUACACGGUCCCCGCCACUUGUGUCAUCGCCUGCUAUUUUUACGAGCGUCUCAACAUGGAUUAUUGGAAGAUUCUAGCAGGAGAGCGAAAGUGUACUGAAGACAGUAAGAGUGGCGAGGAGUGCGUGAUGAAGAGCUCCAUCCCAGCCGUGGAGAUCUUUAUGGUUAAGAUUUUCAUGUUGCUGGUGGUGGGCAUCACCAGCGGCAUGUGGAUCUGGACCUCCAAAACGCUGCAGUCUUGGCAAAACAUUUUCAGCCGCAAACUUAAGAAGAAGACGAGGAGGAAGGCUGCAUGUGUUUUCACUGGAAGUGGACCUUAUCUCAAGCCUCAUCCUGCACUCAAAGGACAUAAAACCAAGUACGAACCAGCAGGUCCUCCUGCAACUUGUGUAUGAGCUGGGCCUCUAUACACAUACGAAUGGCCAAGAAAUAAAUGCUGGACUUAGACAAACUGCUUUAUAAAUAGACAAGCCAGCAGAGAACACAACAUUGCUCAUAUUUAUUAUAUGCAAACUUCAGAUGCCCAACAGGUUUUAUUUAGUUCUUAAUGCUUGUACUACAUCUGAAACUUUGCAGACUUUGGGGACCAUUUUGUGAAACCAAGAAAAAGGGAAUGAGUCCCUAUUGCUGUCAUUGGGAUGCCUGUAUCUUGUCAUGUGCAAUAGUUGUUUCCCUUAGUGACAGAGAAAAAGGGACUCUGAUACUGUAGGGCUGUGAUUAAAGACAAUGAAAGGACUUGACAAACAAUAGGUGUGAAUGGCUCGGCUCCUCCGUGGCAUAGUCGUGUGGCUUUUCUAUGGAAAUGAAGGCCGUGUCAUAAACAACUGCAUUGACAUUGGAGUGCAGUUGCUCAAAAAGGCCUCGGCAGAGAAUGAACUGCCUAUUUUUAGGCUUUUUCAUGGAACAAAGUAAAUCUUUAAGCACUAAAUAUUGCCAACACAAAGAGAAAAACUUGUUAUUUGAGUUGUUUUGUACAGUGAGGUCAUGCCCCCUGGUUUGUUUUGUUAUACCAAGCUCUUUUUAAUGUCCUACAUACAUUUGUGUAUAUUUCUAAAGGUUCAUAUUUUAUAAGAAUAAAUAAAACAUUUUAGUUUUAAAUGUU